AUGACUAAAGCACGCAAAGGAAAAGCUCCAGACCGAGGAACCACAAUCAACUCUUCCGGCAAGCGCAAGUCGAGCGACAUCGACCCCGAGCCCUCUACAAGCCCCAAGAAGUCUCGCCCGUCCAUAAAAGAAUUGUUUUCUUCCCAGCAGACAAAUAGUUCGGAUGAUAGCCCAUCCAGCAGCAGGAAAGUAGCGAGGGGGAGGAAAACAUCAGCCAACAUGGACACCACCCUCACACAGCCUGCCGAGGCUUACGCUGAUAUGUACACAUUCACACCCAAGGCAUCGACUACGAAUACUGUUGUCGACCUGACAUCCUCCCCCGAAUCACACAAGAGGAAGGUUUCAUUUACGGCACCACGAGUCUCGACGUUCAACCCACAUUCUGGGCCCAAGAAAUUGGCCGUCAAAAAUCUUCGGGUGGUCCCACGAAUAAAUCCUCAACACUACUUCGAUUCAAUAUGGUCCAAGCAGGAGAAAGCUCUCGAUGCCAUAUUCGGGAAAGCCAAAGAACAAUAUUCAUUGGAGGAGUUGUACAAAGGUGCCGAGAAUGUUUGUCGACAGGGCAACGCCGCAGAACUGUAUAAGAAAUUAAAACAAAAGUGUGAGACGCACCUGUCGGAUACUGUGAGAGAUGGUAUUCGUCGGGAGGAGGCAGGGUCAUCCGAUGUGGAAGUACUCAGUCAGUUUACCAAGGCAUGGUCGGCGUGGCAGAGACAGCUUCUGACUGUGCGCCAAAUAUUUUACUAUCUCGAUCAGACAUAUCUGCUACGCUCCCAGGAGAAUCCCAGUAUCACACAGACGGGCCUCCUCUCAUUCAGAGCCGUGGUAUUCGGAGACGAUAUCAUCCGGCCUAAAGUUCUAUCCGGUGUGGUGACGCUCAUUGAUUCUGAUCGGAAAAGACAGCUCAACGAGAAGGAUUCAACAUUACUCCGUCAGUCGAUUGAUGUAUUACAUCAGUUGAGCAUAUAUACCAGUGACUUUGAGCCGCCUUUCCAGACAGCGACCGAGCAAUAUUUCCGGUUGUGGCGAGAGACCGAGUCACACAAGGAGGAUCUUGGGGAAUAUGUCAAUGCAUGUACCGACCUCCUCGCCCGGGAAUUGACGAGAUGCGAUCUCUUGACUCUCGAUCGGAGUACCAGAAAUCAGAUUUCGGACCUUUUCGAUACAGUCCUCGUGUCUGAAGAAGUCGAAACUCUCACAAACGAUGAUAGUGUCCAAGAUCUCCUGGAGGCUGACAAGUAUGACGAGUUGGAUCGAGUUUAUACCCUGCUUCAGCGUAAAGGUCAUGGAGAAUUGGUCGCUCCCAGUUUUAGCAAAUAUGUUGAGACGGAAGGAAGCAUUAUUGUCUUUGACGAAAAGAAAGAGUCCGAGAUGGUCAUCAGACUGCUGCAAUUCAAAUAUCGGCUUGAUCGAUUCCUUCAACGCUCAUUCCACGGCAAUGAGAAGAUCGGAAACGGUCUGCACAAAUCAUUUGAACUGUUUAUAAACAGAACGAAAAAGAGCCAGGCAAACUGGGAUACUGAUAAUGCUAAACCUGGUGAGAUGAUCGCCAAGCACGUUGACUUGUUACUCAAAGGCGGCGUCAAAGCUAUUCCACAACUUCAGACUCAAAAAGCAGAUCCAUCUAAACCGGAUGAAGAAAUUGACUUCGAUGAUGGACCAGCAGAUGAGGAUGCCGAGAUCAAUCAGCAUCUUUCUAAUGCGUUGGAUCUGUUCCGUUUCGUUCAUGGCAAGGCCGUGUUUGAGGCAUUCUACAAGAAAGAUCUGGCACGUCGUCUCCUGAUGGGUCGGAGCGCUUCAUUCGACGCUGAGCGAAACAUGCUCACGCGACUUAAGAACGAGUGCGGUGCUUCUUUCACUCAUAAUCUCGAAUCGAUGUUCAAGGAUAUGAACUUGGCACGUGAAGAUAUGAUGUCCUACAGUCAGCUCCUCGAUGAUCGAGGCAUCAAACCCAAUCCUGAUCUGUCGGUCAAUGUUCUUUCAGCUGCUGCCUGGCCUACAUAUCGCGACGUGACGGUCAACAUUCCAACAGCCAUAUCCAAAGUAAUGUCAGACUUUGAAAAUCACUACAAGUCCAAACACAGCGGGCGAAAACUCACUUGGAAACACAGCCUUGCCCACUGUCAACUCCGAGCCAAAUUUCCCAAAGGCAACAAAGAGCUGAUAGUAUCGGCCUUCCAAGCCAUUGUGCUUCUGCUUUUCAACGACAUUCCAGCCGAAAAACACCUGACCUACAGCGAGAUCAAAGACUCAUCAGGCCUCGUCGACGCCGAACUCAAACGCACACUCCAGUCCCUUGCCUGCGCAAAAUAUCAGGUCCUUCGCAAGCAUCCCAAAGGCCGCGAAGUCAAUGAGACCGACACCUUCACGUUCUCCACGACCUUCCACGACCCGAAGAUUCGCAUCAAAAUUAACCAGAUCCAACUCAAGGAGACGAAGGAGGAAAACAAGGAGACCCAUCAGCGUGUAGCGGCCGACCGGCACUACGAGACGCAGGCGGCGAUCGUGCGCAUCAUGAAGAGCAAGAAAACCAUUGGACACAAUGACCUGAUCGUCGAGGUCAUCAAGGCGACCAUGUCGAGAGGCGUGCUCGAUCAGGCUGACAUCAAGCGCAACAUCGAGAAGUUGAUCGAGAAAGACUACAUGGAACGCGAAGAGGGCAACAGCUACGCCUACGUUGCAUGA